CGUGAAGGCGGAGGGAAAUAGCGAAAUUAAGAAUUAUAAUUGUAAUUAUAACUACAAUUAUAUUUAAAUUAAAAAGAUUAAAAGAGAUUAAUAAAUUCGGAAAGCUUUAUAAACCCCAACCAAUUGCCCAGGACCGGCUUCCUUCGUACUCUCUCUUUCUCUAAAGGCAUUCGCUUCUCCUCACUUUCGUCUCGUCCUUCGAUCCCCCCAAACGAGAGAAGCGAAACCCUAGCUCCGGCCCCGGAUGGCGAACAGCAAUCUACCUCGCCGAAUUAUCAAGGAAACGCAGCGCCUCCUCAGCGAGCCAGCUCCUGGCAUAAGUGCCUCUCCAUCAGAGGACAAUAUGCGCUAUUUUAAUGUGAUGAUUCUUGGACCGACGCAGUCUCCAUAUGAAGGAGGGGUUUUCAAGCUUGAAUUGUUCUUACCUGAAGAGUAUCCUAUGGCUGCCCCAAAGGUUCGCUUUCUCACCAAGAUUUACCAUCCCAAUAUUGACAAGCUUGGAAGAAUAUGCCUUGAUAUUCUUAAGGACAAAUGGAGUCCAGCUCUUCAGAUUCGAACUGUACUGCUGAGUAUUCAAGCGCUUCUUAGUGCUCCAAACCCAGAUGACCCACUUUCUGACAACAUUGCCAAGCAUUGGAAGACCAAUGAAGUUGAAGCUGUAGAAACAGCCAAGGAAUGGACCCGUCUUUAUGCCAGCGGGGCAUGACAACAUUGCAGCAGUUGUGUGCUCGUAAUAACUUGUCCACUUUGGAAGUUGAUUCAGCCAUUGCUUGCUUUUAACAAUGAAAUGGAAGUGUCGGAUGAUGCUACUUUCAAAUGUUAAUCCUUCCAAGCUCCUAUUAUACUAUAUGAUGUAAAUCACUUCGUUGGGCUGAAGCCACCUUUUCAUAUAUUUGUAUCACUAGUCGAAGUUUGUUGUUUUUCACUCUCUUGUGUGAGCAAAGAAGAUUAAGUUUCAUGGUGCAUUUUACCAUUUUUGAUGUUUUAAAACAGCAGAUAUUAGAACUUAAAAGGCAGUUUGCUUGUGCCUUUGUG